AUGUGCGGCGUGAAACAGCGCACAAAACAGACACCGACUGGGGCGCCGGUCACCGCCUCGCCUACAGUUGAUUCAAAUGAAGAGUAUUAUGGCUAUGGCAAUAGUUCGCCAAUCGAAGGGACCGGUGACAAAGACUAUCGUAACCGGGCAGCCGAUUCAACCGACAAGGUAGCCUUUCUGGAUGAUACGGACAAAGAAAUCUGCUGCUCGCGUACUGCUUCGAUGUGCUGCUUGCUUGGUCGAAUUUUCGUCUCGCAAGAAGAGCCAAAACUCGCCACCUCUGCUGCUGAUUGA